GCGAGUGAAGGUAUAUAAGCUCGCAGGAGAGGCUGAAGGGUUCACUGCAGUGAUCUCAUUCAACUGAACGAAUCCACUCUGGUCUCUAGAUAAACCCCAAGUAAAAAACAAAAAUGGCACUUGCAGGAACUCUGAAGGAGGCUGACAUCACUGCAGCCCUCGCAGCUUGCAAAGCUGCUGAGUCUUUCAAGCACAAGGAAUUCUUCGCUAAGGUCGGCCUGUCCGCCAAGAGCGCUGAUGACAUCAAGAAAGCUUUCGGGGUCAUUGACCAGGACCAGAGUGGCUUCAUUGAGGAGGAGGAGCUGAAGCUGUUCCUGCAGAACUUCUCUGCCAGUGCCAGAGCUCUGACUGUUGCUGAGACCAAGGCUUUCCUGAAGGCCGGUGACAUCGAUGGUGAUGGCAUGAUUGGAAUCGAUGAGUUCGCCACCAUGGUCAAGGCUUAAAUGGAAAAUCAGACAACAUCCUACAUCCCUUCUCUUAAUUAAGGAACAACUUGAGCCAAGACAUAGUCCUCUCUUUUCCCUUUCACUCUCUCUCUCCCACUCACUACACCAGUUUUAUACAAUUGACCUCUCACCCCCCUGUCCGAAAAAACAAGCCUUCUCUCUCUCUCUCUGUCCACGAUGAAUGUACCUUUCGAAGUGUAUAGCUAGGUUGACUUGUGUCUUUCACUCUCUCUCUCACUGCUGUCCUCAUUUUAAUUUGUGAGUUUUGCUUAUUGUGAAAUCAGCGAUGAUGCACUUUAAUGGAAAACGGACGAAUGAUGAGAUCAUAAUAAAGAUUCUUUUUCAAUAAAG